CUUUGAUAUGUACAUAGUUUUCCAGAUUAAUAUGUGACUAUAAAAUGAAUACAAAGUACAAAUAUUUCAUCCAAGAACCAUUCUUCUGUCCUAAAAAUAUUUGCAAUUCUUGUCAUAAUAAUAUAAUUAUUUUCUAGCUAGCAACAAAGCAAAUGAGUAUAUUGCCUCAUUUUCUUGUUAUACCAUUUCCAGUUCAAGGACAUGUUAACCCCCUUAUGCAAUUCUCACAAGUUCUAGCCAAACAUGGUUGCAAGGUCACUUUUCUACAUACUGAGUUUAACCAUAAACGAUCGAAAACCGGUGUUUUCGAGCAAGACAAGAUACAAGUGAUGACACUCCCAGAUGGUUUGGAAUCUGAAGAUGAUAGAAGUGAUAUAAAGAAAGUUAUUUUAUCUAUUAAAAGCACCAUGCCUUCUAAACUUCCAAAGCUUAUAGAAGAAGUUAAUGCUUUGAAUGUUGAGAGCAAGAUCAAUUGUAUUGUUGUUACAUUUAAUAUGGGUUGGGCUUUGGAAGUGGGACACAAUUUGGGGAUCAAAGGAGCUCUACUUUUUCCAGCUUCUGCCACUACUUUGGCUUGUGGUGUUUGCGUACAUAAACUUAUUGAAGAUGGGAUUAUUGAUUCUCAAGGAAAUCCAACCAAAAAACAAGAAAUUCAAAUCUCCCCGGAUAUACCUAUGAUGGACACAACAAACAUCCCAUGGCGUGGCGUAGAUAAGAUCUUAUUUGAUAAUAUGGUGCAAGAGAUGCAAACUUUAAAUAAUUUUGGAGAAUGGUGGCUUUGCAACACUACUUGUGAUCUUGAGCCUGGUGUAUUUUCCAUAUCACCAAAGUUCCUACCAAUUGGUCCAUUGAUGGAAAGUAACAACAACAAAAGUUCAUUAUGGCAAGAAGACUCAACUUGCUUAGACUGGUUAGAUAAACAAGCACCUCAAUCAGUCAUAUAUGUUUCCUUUGGUAGCUUGGUAGUAAUGGACCAAAACCAAUUUAAUGAACUAGCCCUAGGACUUGAUCUUCUUGACAAGCCUUUUCUUUGGGUUGUUCGUCCUAGUAAUGACAAUAAGGUAAACUAUACAUACCCUAAUGACUUCCAUGGAAGUAAAGGUAAAAUUGUUGGUUGGGCACCACAAAGUAAAAUAUUGAAUCAUCCAGCCAUUGCUUGCUUUAUAAGUCAUUGUGGAUGGAAUUCUACCAUAGAAGGUGUACAUGCUGGUGUACCUUUCUUGUGUUGGCCAUUUUCAGUUGAUCAAUUUCUCAAUAAAUCGUAUAUUUGUGAUGUGUGGAAGACUGGACUUGAAUUAGAGAAAGAUGAUGAUGGUUAUAUAUCAAGGAAAGAGAUAAAGAAGAAGGUGUAUCAAGUAGUUGGUGAUGAUGACAUAAAGGCAAUGUGUUUGAAAAUGAAGAAAAUGACUAUUACUAAUAUAGAAGAAGGUGGCCAGUCAUCACAUAAUCUCCAAAAGUUUAUUACUUGGGCGAAUUAUUAAUGUGUUUAUAAUCUAUUACUUGUUGUUUUGAAUUAGUGUUGUUCUCUUUUUUCUCUUUCUAUAUAUGUUCACAGAUACUUCUCGAAUUAGAUGUGUUCUGGUCUCGGACACACGACAC